AUGGACGGAAGAGCCAAGCAAAGUACAAUGCUGAGGAAUUCGUACCAAAAUGACAAGGCCAGCUGUGUUAACAUAAAAGUCAUUGUUCGGUGCAGACCCCUAAAUGAAAAGGAGAAAAAUGACGUGAACAACGAGGAGGUCGUCAAGAUAAAGGACAACGAAGUGAUCUUAACUCUGAAUAGGAACAACGAGAUUUAUGAGAAGAAGUACAGCUUCGACUAUGCCUGCGACAAGGACGUGGAUCAAAGAACGUUGUUUAAUAAUUAUGUCUUCAGAAUAGUCGAUGAGGUCCUCGAAGGGUUCAACUGCACGCUAUUCUGCUACGGACAGACGGGAACCGGGAAGACGUACACCAUGGAAGGGAAGAUCCUGGAUCACCUGAAGCACAACGAGAAUAAAAAGAUUGACCUGAACGACAGCAUGAAUAGCGACAUAAACUACUACUACGAGCUGUGUGACAGUGACGACACGGGGAUCAUUUUCCGCGUCGCGAAGAGGAUCUUCGACAUUUUAAAUCGCAGAAAGGAGUACAAAUCGACGAGGUUGCUAGGGGGGGACGACGAGGAGGAGACUUCGUGGCGCCGCAGUAGUUUCUCAAGCGAGGAAGAGGAAGUCCACACGAGAGUUGCAUCCCAGGCGAGGGUUCAAUCCCACGAAGACGUUGCAUCCAGCGCCCCUGUUCCUUCCCUAGGGGGGCCUGUUCCCCAUGGGGCCACCGAGCUGUCCCCGCCGAAGGGCCUCUCCAGACGUGGGUCGGCACGGAGAAGCGAACUAUUCGAGUCCCCGCAGGAAAAAAGAGAAGGAAACAGCGCAGCGGAUAUAUAUAAUGUAGAGAAGAACUCCUACGACUUCGUCAUAAAAGUGAGCUACCUAGAAAUAUAUAACGAAGAAUUGUGCGACCUCCUCAGCACCUCCAGUGAGUCCAAUAAACUCAAGAUAUAUGAAGACACAACAAACAAAAACAAAGGAUUAAAUGUCGACAAGCUGGAGGAGAAGUGUAUAAAUUCAUUUGAAGAGAUUUAUUACCUAAUCUGUUCGGCUAUCAAGAAGAGAAGAACCGCGGAAACGUCAUACAAUAAAAAGUCAAGCCGAAGCCACUCCAUUUUCGCCAUCACGCUGAUCAUGAAGGAUCUCAACAGUGAUGGAGAGAGCAUUACGAAGAUUGGGAAGCUCAAUUUAGUGGACUUGGCUGGUAGCGAAAACGCAUUGAAGAGCUCCUAUGGCAAUUUAAAAGUUAGACAGCAGGAAAGUUGCAACAUAAAUCAGUCGUUGCUAACUCUGGGUCGAGUGAUUAAUGCUUUGAUUGAAAACUCGUCGUAUAUCCCAUACAGAGAUUCUAAGUUGACCCGUCUGUUACAGGACUCCCUAGGAGGAAAAACAAAAACGUUCAUCGUGGCAACCAUUUCUCCAUCUUCUCUCUGUAUUGACGAAACGUUGAGCACACUAGAUUAUGUCUUUCGAGCGAAGAACAUUAAAAACAGACCUGAGAUCAACGUGAAGACGACAAAGCAGUUAAAAAUAAAAGACUUAAACAACGAAAUAGAGAAGUUAAAAAAUGCACUAAAUUUAAGUCGCGAAAAACGAGGAGUCUAUCUCGACAAUGAGGAAUACAACAAUAUACAGAACAGGUUGAAGAAGAAUAGAGAAAUUUUACUACAGAAGGAAAAGAUCCUCUUUGAAAAAAGUAAAAAAAUUAAAACACUUCUCAACAAGAUGGACUACACAGAUGAUGUGCAGAAUCAGAUUGUGAACAUGAUGAAGGACGUCCUUUCAAAGUGUAGGAACAUCCAACUGAUUCACGACAUUUUGGUAAACAAGCUCUCCGAGGAGAAAUGCGUCACGAGGUUCCUCCUAUCAGAGUUCCACCACACCAAGGGGGAGUACCAACAGCACGUCAAUAUGCUCUCCCAGACGCAGAAGACAAUAUCAUCCUUAUUUCGAGAAAAGAUUUCUAACUUGAGAAGGAAGAAGAACCAAGAUUACUCCACCCUGAAUCAGGUUUGUAGCCUCAUCACGACCGUGCUUGGGAAGGCCAAGGGAGACAUGGUGCUGGGGAAACAGGGCAUCAUGAAAUCUCUGGACCACUUGGAGCAACUGAACGGAGAGGCGUUCCUGCGGGAGAAACACCUCCUCAAUUUUCUCCUCGACAAGGUAGACUCUAUGGAGAAGCAUGAUCGGAAUUAUUUUCUCCAGUUGGGGGAAAUCACGCGAGAGUUCCAAGCCUGCAAGGUGGACCUGGUCGAUGUAGCGAACAGGCAAAGCAGUGACCCCCUUUCGACUCAGCAGAGUGGUUGCCCCGCUUCUAAUCAACCGUGUGGUUCCCCCGACUCGCCGGAUUCAUUGGAGAAGACUCCCCAGCCGAAGUGCCCCCAAACAGUGGCCAUGCUAACCGCGCUGCGAGAUCUAGCGCAGUGCGAUGAAGCACGACAGGUACUGAGCGAAGUCGAGAGCUAUCACUCCACCCAAGGGAGCACAGUCAAGGAGACCAUCCAGAACAUGCAAAACGUUAGCCAGUUACUACAUCUAUAUUUAAAGUGUUCGUUUGAGAAGUUAAAAAAAGACAUGAAAAAAAAAGUAGAGAGACUGAAUGAAGAAUGGGAGAAGUUAACCAAUUUGGUGAAACAGCUACGAAGUGAUUAUGAAUCCUUCGAGUCCAGCUUAAACAAACGAAAAGAAAAAAUCCUGGAGACGUACACAACAAGCAUCAGGGAAGAUAUGAACCUUUUUGAGAGCCGAGUCAUGGAGGAAAUCAAAACAGUGAUCCAAAGAAAUGUCAAACAAAUGAAUGACACAGUCGAUAGGAAGCUACAUUUAUUGACUACCCAGCUACACGACGAAUCGAAAAGUAAAUUUAAAAAAAUGAUUACUCACUCGGUAGGUACCCUCGAGGCAUUUUUUCAGAAUCAUGAGAAACGAUCUGAUAAACAUCAUCAGGAUUGCCUGCAGUCCGCUGACCUGGUGCAGAAAAAAGUAAACUCCUAUUAUGAGAAUCUAGAUUGUGUCUUCACAGACGUGCACAGCCAGUUUGCCACUGAGCAAAGGAGAAUGGAGCGGAACGUGCAGAACAUUACAGACACGUACAGAAACGUUAUCCAGGGAAACAACGAAACUAUUGCGAAGAUAGCAAAGCUGCUUGAAGUCAAGACGUCGAAUAAUAAGAAAGAAAAAGAGGUGCUUUAUAGUGACCUCUCCAGAGAAGUUUUGCGAGAAAGGGACGAACUCGACGAUAGGAAGAAGCAGAUAAAAGAAUUCGCGGUGAGACACAUGGAAGAGGUUAACUUGUGUAAUGGAAACUAUGGGGAACACCUUAACAAAUGUGACUCGUACGCCGGCGAACUGCUACAACGAUUUCGCGAAAAUGAAGCUGACCACAAUGAAGCGGACCAAAAUGAUGAGUUCGCGGCGCUUCCCAGUUGGGAUACCCCCUUGAAGUGUGAAGGGAAGGACAUUGACGCGGAAAUUGAAAGGGUCCGCUCCCACGCCAGUGAAACCUUCGCCCACUUGGGUGAUGCAACAUCGGGUGAGGCCAAUAUGCCUGGCGUAGAUCCCCUCGGUAAUGCCUCCGAGACGACAGACCUACCGCCUAACUUUCGCCACCCCUAUGCCGAUCUGCACUACGGCCAGGUGAGGGAAGAGGUCCUCAAACAAAUCGAAGAUGUCUCCCUCCAGAAAAAUAUAAACUUUAAGUGCCUGUUUGAUAAAAUCGAUGAAAAUUUAAGCCUUAUUCUUAAUGAAAACAACUUUGGGAGACAUCGAGGUGGGAGCAUGGAGUUGUCCAGGGGAGACAGCAUUGGGGGUGGGGGCAUCAUCAUACCACCUCCUGCCUCUCGUCUUACAGCCCUUCCAGUAGUACCACCAUCCCUUUCCGUUUCUUCCCCUCAUGUGAAUGACGUCCUCCCUACAACCGGCCAUGGGAACUCCACUUCGUCCGCAGCCUCUGGGAACGUCAUGCGGAAAGGGACACCCCAUGAACAGAGUCAGAAAAAAGCAAGUGGCUUCUUCCCCACAGCUGAUGCAGAAGCAGAUUUGGACAAUGGAAGCUCGAAGAUGUUGUCAGAUUGCAACAGGAAGGAGAAGAAAACCAUUGAAGCUGUGCAGGGGCGGAAACUGUACCUCACGCCCAACGAAUUGAGGAAUCCCACUACGAAAAUAAAGCCUCUGGGGAAUAGCGUGGGGUCUAGAAAGACUUCUCCAGCCCCCAAGAGACUGAAGGAGGACGUUCACAAAGGCAGGGGAAUCAAGUUUCUUCGCAAGUCGCAGGAUUAG